AUGAGGGAAUACACUGAGUAUUCUGAUUUAGUUGCAGUCCUUCUGGUGGCAAAACAAAAUAACGAGCUCCUUAAUAAAACCACCAGGCACGACCCACAGGAACAAUGCCAUAUCCUGAAAUUAAUGCCACGACCUUUAAUCGUGGGCGUGGUGGCUUUAAUCGUCUUAAGAGACGUGGUGGACUGUGGUCAUGUUCGUUCUGAUGGUAAUAAUGGUCAUGCUCGUUUUGAUGGUCAAAAUCAAGGAGGAUAUUAUGGUCGAAACCUUUUCCACGGUCGAAACUAUUUUUGUGGUAGAGUACGUGGACGAGGUCAUAUGAAUAAUUAUAGAUCCCCCAAAUAUGACCAAAAUAAUUGGAAUCGCAAAGGAAAGGGUAAGUAUAUCCAAGAAGGUCCCUCAAGGAAUUAUGAAGAUAUAUGCUACAGAUGCGGAAAGAAAGGCCAUUGGUCUAAGGUGUGUAGAACACCAGAACACUUGUGUAAAAGACCAAUGGCAUAUGUUGAAGAAAAGGGAAAAGAAGUGAAUUUUAAUGAGAUUGAACUCAGAAACAAUAAUACCUAUUUUGAGACUGCUGACUUUGUUGGAGGUGAAACUGAUUAA